UGUCUGCAGCUCUGUGGCAAGUUGUUCAGCGGAGAGACAUAAUGGACUAUGGCUUGGUGGAGGAGUUUGUCACCACUGUGUUGGAGGUAGUUCCUGAUCUGAUGAGUUACAGAGAGCGAGUCCAACUCAUCAUGGGGCUGCGAGCACAGGUGAGAGAUGGGACGGAUGGAAAAAGAGUGGAGGGAUGGGACACAGGGUUUUAUUUUAUUUGUAUGUAUUUUAUUUCACCUUUAUUUAACCAGGUAAGCCAGUUGAGAACAAGUUCUCAUUUACAACUGCGACCUGGCCAAGAUAAAGCAAAGCAGUGCGGAAAAAACAACAACAACAGAGUUACGUAUGGAAUAAACAAAACGUACAGUCAAUAACACAAUAGAAAAUCUAUAUACAGUGUGUGCAAAUGUAGUAAGUUAUGGAGGUAAGGCAAUAAAUAGGCCAUAGUGCAAAAUAAUUACAAUUUAGUAUUAACACUGGAGUGAUAGAUGUGCAGAUGAUGAUGUGCAAAUAUAGAUACUGGGGUGCAAAUGAGCAAAAUAAAUAACAAUGUAAAUAACAAUAUGGGGAUGAGGUAGUUGGGUGGGCCAAUUACAGAUGGGCUGUGUACAGGUGCAGUGAUCGGUAAGCUGCUCUGACAACUGAUGCUUAAAGAUAGUGAGGGAGAUAAGUGUCUCCAGCUUCAAAGAUUUUUGCAGUUCGUUCCAGUCAUUUGCAGCAGAGAACUGGAAGGAAUGGCGACCAAAGGAGGUGUUGGCUUUGGGGAUGACCAGUGAGAUAUACCUGCUGGAGCACAUACUACGGGUGGGUGUUGCUAUGGUGACCAAUGAGCUAAGAUAAGGCAGGGAUUUGCUUAGAAGGGAUUUAUAGAUGACCUGAAGUAGUUGGUGAACCAGGCAAGGCAGUCAUUUGAGAUACCAAGGCUAUUUAGUCUGCCAAUGAGAAUGCGGUGAUUGACAGAGUCAAAAGCCUUGGCCAGGUCAAUGAAGACGACUGCACAGUACUGUCUUUUAUCGAUCGCGGUUAUUAUAUAGUUUAGGACCUUGAGCGUGGCUGAGGUACACCCAUGACCAGCUCGGAAACCAGAUUGCAUUGCGGAGAAGUUACGGUGGGAUUCUAAAUGGUCGGUGAUCUGUUUGUUAACUUGGCUUUCAAAUACUUUCGAAGGGCAGGAUGGAUAUAGGUCUGUAACAUUUUGGAUCUAGAGUGUCACCCACUUUGAAGAGGGGGAUGACCGCGGCAGCUUUCCAAUCUCUGGGGAUCUCAGACGAUACGAAAGAGAGGUUCAACAGGCUGGUGAUAGGGGUUGCGACAAUUUCGGCGGCUAAUUUUAGAAAGAAAGGGUCCAGAUUGUCUAGCCCAGCUGAUUUGUAGGGGUCCAGAUUUUGCAGCUCUUUCAGAACAUCAGCUAUCUGAAUUUGUGUGAAGGAGAAGCCGGGGGGGGGGGGGGGCAUGGGCAAGUUGCAGCGGAGGGUGCAGAGCUGGUGGCCGUGGGUAGGGGUAGCCAGGUGGAAAGCAUGGCCAGCCGUAGCAAAAUGCUUGUUGAAAUUUUCGAUUAUCGUAGAUUUAUCGGUAGUGGCAGUGUUUCCUAGCCUCAGUGCAGUGGGCAGCUGGGAGGAGGUGCUCUUAUUCUCCAUGGACUUUACAGUGUCCCAAAACCUUUUGGAGUUAGUGCUACAGGAUGCACAUUUCUGUUUGAAAAAGUUAGCCUUUGCUUUCCUAACUGAUUGUGUAUAUUGGUUCCUGAAUUCCCUGAAAAUGUGCAUAUCGCGGGGGCUAUUCGAUGCUAAUGCCGUACGCCACAGGAUGUUUUUGUGCUGGUCAAGGGCAGUCAAGUCUGGGGUGAACCAGUGGCUAUAUCUGUUCUUAGUUCUGAAUUUUUUGAAUGGGGCAUGCUUAUUUAAGAUGGAGAGGAAAGCACUUUUAAAGAACAACCAGGCAUCCUCUACUGACGGAAUGAGGUCAAUAUCCAUCCAGGAUACCCGGGCCAGGUCAAUUAGAAAGGCCUGCUCGCUGAAGUGUUUUAGGGAGCGUUUGACAGUGAUGAGGGGUGGUCGUUUGACCGCGGACCCAUUACGGACGCAGGCAAUGAGGCAGUGAUUGCUGAGAUCCUGGUUGAAGACAGCGGAGGUGUAUUUAGAGGGUCAAUUAGUCAGGAUGAUAUCUAUGAGGGUGCCCAUGUUAACGGAUUUAGGGUUGUACCUGAUAGGUUCCUUGAUAAUUUGUGUGAGAUUGAGGGCAUCUAGUUUAGAUUGUAGGAUGGCCGGGGUGUUAAGCAUAUCCCAGUUUAGGUCACCAAGCAGUACGAACUCUGAGGAUAGAUGGUCCUCUGUAGCUCAAUUGGUAGAGCAUGGCGCUUGUAACGCCAGGGUAGUGGGUUCCAUCCCUGGGACCACCCAUACGUAAAACAUGUAUGCGCACAUGACUGUAAGUCGCUUUGGAUAAAAGCGUCUGCUAAAUGGCAUAUUAUUAUUAUUAUUAUUAUUAUAGAUGGGGGCAAUCAAUUCACAUAUGGUGUUCAGGGCACAGCUGGGGGCUGAGGGGGGUCUGUAGCAAGCGGCAACAGUGAGAGACUUAUUUCUGGAAAGGUGGAUUUUUAGAAGUAGAAGCUCAAACUGUUUGGGCACAGACCUGGAUAGUAUGAUAGAGCUCUGCAGGCUAUCUCUACAGUAGAUUACAACUCCGCCCCCUUUGGCAGUUCUAUCUAGACAGAAAAUGUUGUAGUUGGGAAUGGACAUUUCAGAAUCUUUGGUGGCCUUCCUAAGCCAGGAUUCAGACACUGCUAGAACAUCAGGGUUGGCUGAGUGUGCUAACGCAGUUAAUAACUCAAACUUAGGGAGGAGGCUUCUGAUGUUAACAUACAAGAAACCAAGGCUUUUGCGAUUACAGAACAACAAAUGAUAGCGCCUGGGGAGCAGGAGUGAUACUGGGGGAUACAGGGCCUGGGCUAACCUCUACAUCACCAGAGGAACAGAGGAGGAGUAGAAUAAGGAUACGGCUAAAGGCUUUAAGAACUGGUCUUCUAGUGCGUUGGGUACAGAGAAAAAAGGGGCAGAUUUCUGGGCGUUGUAGAAUAGAUUCAGGGCAUUAUGUACAGACAAGGAUAUGGAAGGAUAUGAGUACAGUGGAGGUAAACCUAAGCGUUGGGUAACGAUGAAAGAGAUAGCAUCACUGGAGGCACCGAUUGAGCCGGUCUCCGCGUGUGUGGGGGGUGGGACAAAGGAUCUAUCUGAGACAGGUUGAGCAGGACUGGGGGCUCUAUAUUGAAAAAGUACAGUUAGAACUAACUGAAACAGCAAUAGGCAAGGCAUAUUGACAUGGGAGAUAGGCAUAAAGCAGUCACAGGUGUUAUUCGAGAGAGCUAAGACAACAGCUGGUAAUGGCGACUAAAGUUUGAGCUGAGGCUAAACAGAUAAACAGGAUGGGGUACCAUAUAAAGGAACAGUCCAGCAGGCAUCAGCUGUGUAGCUGAGUGAUCAUAAGGUCCAGUGAACAGCAAUAAGUAAGUCCGGGAGCAGUUCAGUGGCUGCUACGCUACAGGCGAGCUGGAGGCACGGCUGUUGAUUGCGUGUGCUAGCGGGCCGGGGCUAGCAGAUGGAUCUUCGUGGUCGUCGCAAUGGGAAGCCUGUUGUAACCACAUCAGACGAUUACGUUGGCAGACCAGUCGUGAUGGAUCGGUGGGGCUCCAUGUCAACACUAGGAGGUCCCGUCCGGUUGACAGAGAGGUAGAUAGCCGGGAGAUGGGCCUGGCUCGAGGCUAGCUCAAGGCUAACUGGGGUUAGCUUCAGGACAGUGGUGAUUAGCCAACAACGACAACAACCAUUCGGUUGCAGCUAGCUAGUUGCGAUGAUCCGGUGUUAAGGUCCAGUGAUUCAGUGAUUCCUGCAGAAAAUCCGAUAUGCUCUGGCUCGAUAGCGCGAUGUGCAGAGUGUCCAUGGCCGUGGCCUGCACUACCUACCAGCCAGCUCUAGCCUGGCCGAUAAUUGUCCAGGCUAGAGCUGGCUGGUAGGUAGUGCAGGCCACGGCCACGGACAACGGUGAAGACCGCUAACGGUGGCUAAUAGCAAGUAGCUAGUUAGCUGGCUAGUUUCAGCCAGAAGUUCUGGAUAAAAAUGUAUGAAGAAAUAAUAGAAUCCGUUCCACAUUGGGUGAGGAAGGUUGCAGGAAAGUAUAUUUAGUUAAAGGAUGGAAAGUGAGAUUGAGAAAUAUAUACGAAAAAGACAAAAAACAAAAAACAGGCUAUUUACAUGAGGACACUACAGAAAACACGACCGCACUGCUAUGCCAUCUUGUAUGUAGUCAUAGACUACAUACAGUGCCUUCAGAAAGUAUUCGUACCCCUUAACUUACUCCACAUUUUGUUGUUACAGCCUGACAAUCUCACCCAUUUACAAACUAGGGUUGGACGGUAUCCAGUUUUUCAUGUCGUCAUACCGUCCUUCUUUCACCCUUAGUACACAAGGGGGCGCCAAAACGCAACAAAUACCAUUGGGUGUCUAUUACCAGAACGCUAACAGUCUUACCUUAGCACAAGUAAUAGCGAAUUUCUAUGGAGGCUGCUAGCUAAAUAUGCUAACGAGCUCAAAAGAAAAUAAACAAAUUGCAAUAACAGGCAAUCCAGCUCAUAAAGUUAUACAUAUAUACACUACCGGUCAAAAGGUUUAGAACACCUACUCAUUCAAGGGGUUUUCUUUAUUUUUACUAUUUUCUACAUUGUAGAAUAAUAGUGAAGACAUCAAAACUAUGAAAUAACACAUAUGGAAUCAUGUAGUAACCAAAAGUGUUAAACAAAUCAAAAUAUAUUUUAUAUUUGAGAUUCUUCAAAUAGCCACCGUUUGCCUUGAUGACAGCUUUGCACACUCUUGGCAUUCUCUCAACCAGCUUCACCUGGAAUGCUUUUCCAACAGUCUUGAAGGAGUUCCCACAUAUGCUGAGCACUUGUUGGCUGCUUUUCCUUCACUCAUAAACGAUGAGGUUUAUGGGAAAUGUAGCAAUUUACACAUUGCUUUUGUACUACGAAAAUGUCACCCAUAGUCUCUUACCUGCAGGUUGGUGUAAAUAAUAAUAAAUUUAAUUUUUUACUCCAUCAGCUGGUCCUGGAGUUGUGUCGUACAGAUCACCUAGCCGACCCCGAGACCAUCCAGCCACACCUGAACAGGAUUAGAUCCUGUGUCAUCACUCAUAGGGAAAAGGAGGUGAGUGCUGCUACUCAGUGAAAUAUCAAGACUGAUAACUCUGCUGUUGUUUAACAUUGUCUAGUUAAAUUGACUGACUGUUCAAUGCUUGCUGUAGAUUCCUGAUCCAGAGGUGGAGGCAUCAGAAUCCAACUUCCUGAAGCUGAUUCAAAGUCUGCUGGAAGACCCAGUUGAGAGGGAACACUUCUUCCAGGUCAGUGUUGUCACUGACUGUGUAGCUGAUAAAUUAUACAUGACAUGACAUUUUUCUUUAGAAGGUUACCAAAAUGUGAAAGGUAUGAAUACUUUCACUUGCAUUGUAGAUCAUUGUUUUAAUUCAAAAGCAUGGACAUAAUGUUCUUGUUUGUUUUCUAGAAUGUUUAUUCAGAGGAAUUCGGCCUCAAGUAUGACUCCGCACUGCAGAGUCUGAUGUGGGAGUUCCUUUCUAGGCUGGAGAAGCUGCUUCCAACACCAACCCUUCAACAGGUACCAUGCUAACAUGUUAUUACCAUCAUCAGUCUACUUUCAUACAACAAUCAGUGUACAAAGGGAUCCUUUACAAAUCGGUUGGUAGGGGUUGGACCAAAGGUGACAGUGUUACACUUUGGGUAAGCAGGCUUUAUGCUUAUUUAGAUAACAUACUCCAGGUGGCAGUACGCACCCUUUCAGUUUGUUUACAGACUGUCAAUACACUAAUAGAAGUAGAAUAAGAAAUUGGCUACUUUCAAAUGGAGGUAGCCCUCAAUGCCGCCAUCCAUGCCGUCACUGAAGCAAUUAUGGCAAAGAUGUGCCCCCUAUCCAACUCUAUUGGUUAAACCAAAUGUUGAAAUUAUAUAAAUGCAAAAUGUCUAUUAAUUGGAUCCAAUUAUGGUAGAAUGCAACAUGCAUAGAGAGAUGUUUCUAUUAACCGACAGGUUUUAUAUAAAAUAUUAAUGCAGAUGAUAUUAUAGAAACGGGGGCAAUUGCCAUUCCUCUUUCCAUUAGACUGCAUCUUGGUUUCUACCUGACCCUUCUGUCCUGGAGGACUGUGUGCAGUUUGUGUGUCACCCCGAGCCUUUGAAGACCUUUCUCCAGUACCACAACAACACAUAUGGAUAUGUGGACACCAAUGGUAAGAGCUACGUUACGCUGAGCUUUAAUGUAUAACAUAGAAUUUAAACAAACUUGAACUCACUGUUCACUACUAUAUCAUAUAACUGCUGGUUGUUUAUUAUCAAUGCCAUAAACAGACAUUGGUUUGUGUCCCUAAAACUACAAAAGAAGAACCAGGGUUUGUUUGACUUGCAUGUUUUGAUAUUGACUUGUAUUUCCUUGUCUUCCUGUCUCAGCUCUAUCUUCGGUCGACUACAUCCUCUCAUCGCUGUCACUCUCUCCUCUAAAGACAGUUGUGAUCUUUCCAGACCAAACUGACCCAGAGAUCAAAUCAGAACUCAUGGAGGAAACUUUGCCAUAUGAACAUAUGAACAUUCAAAGCCCCGCCUCAUCUGACAACGAUUCAGAAAUGCUUCCUUUGUUGGAGUCAGAUUACGUGAAGAGAGGAGAAGGGAUGCAUUCAGACGGAAAUUUGAAUGUUGAGAUUUUGUCUUUACAAAUUCAAGGUUCAUCUCUUCAUUCAGAAGAGGUGUGUAUACACAAGGAAACUACUGAGGGAAACCUUAAACACAAGACACAUGACAAAGAGUCAGCAAAAGAGUGGGAAAUAGAUGGAGCGUUUCACCAACCUCAAACUGACAGUGGGCUACCUCAAACUGACAGUGGGCUAAAAAUACAAAAACCUCACAGCAUCCAACAGAAAGUGCAGGACCGUUCUAGUUUGUCAACUUCUGGUCUUCUCCGUCAGCCCACAGUGCUGCUGCACCGACUUGACAUUACUGAUAUGCCGUUACCUGUGUCAUCUCCAACAUUGAGUCCAACAUUGAGACGAAAGAGGCUUCAAAUUGAAAAAGUGGGAUCCAAAGGACAGAGAGCAGGACGGGUCAUAUCACCAAAAAGUAAGAGGAAUGCCAAUGGACAGCCACCACCAGAGACUGAGUAAGAAUUCGUGAAUUUAUUAUACUGGAAACAAUUCUUGCAACUGGUAAUGUUCCAUUACAAUCCUAACGCUCCUUCAAUUUUGUAUUUUUCAGACAAGACAGUGUAACCUCAAACGAUGAUGCUCCCAAGAAAAGGAAAGCUGGUAGGAAAAUCAUCAUCCUAACUAUGAUUCAGGCUGUCAAUUUUAUACAGAAUCUGCUUCAAGUGAUAUUUGGCUCAAUGUUUAUAAUAUGUUAAAGGUAAGCUCAGUAUUUUACAACGUGAUGUCAGAUGGUUUCUCACCCUGAAAGUAUACUAUAGGCCAGGAGAACUGUAAUCAAUGGUUCAGUUUUCUACAAACGUCAGCUAAUUUCAGUCACCGCUUGCUAACAAUGAAUGGGAGUGGUAGGGGUCUGUGGUGCCUGUUGAAAGGAAUGGCCAAAUCAUGUAUAACAGGCACCACAUACCCCUCCCAUUGAUUUAUUAGCUAGCUGUGGCUAAAGUUAGCUGAAGUUUGUAGUGGCUGUUUAAAGAAAACCGAACCAUGGAUUACAGUUUAUCCUGGCCCAUAGACUACUUUCAGGGUGAGAAACCAUCUAACAUUAAGUUUUAAAGUACUUCCCCUUCAAUCUCUUACCUUGGAGUGCAUGUUCAAAAAGUCACACAUUUGGCAAUUUUGUUAAUAGCACAAAACAUGGCUGCUAAAGGUAAAGCAAUUUGAAUAUCUAAGGCAGACAGUGUAUCUAUAACUGUUUGACCCUUACUUGUUCUCCUAGAUUUUGCCAUAUUUUGAGAUCACCAUUUUUCAUUUUCAACUCAAGGUAGAGCCCUAGAGGAAGAGAAACUGCACCACCACAUAAAGGACUUUCACUCAGAGGAGUGCAGUGGACAGAACAGAGAACCUUUUGACAGUGUACCUCAGUAUUCUUUGGCCCCUGACCUAUCCCAUGUAACGGGGCAGUCUAAUAGAAGCAAGCGGGUCAAAACGUGCUCUUUAUGUGGGAAGACUUUCAUUGGAGCAAAGGAUUUGACGGCACACAUGAGAUCUCACACUGAGCAGAGUCCUUACCAGUGUACCCAGUGUUUGCAAAGCUUUGAACACCAGGAGGAUUUACAGAAACAUCAACAGAUUGGGUGUGAGGUGGCAGCUCAACCAGAAGAGGACAACAUGUCUACGGCAUCUUUUGAAGAGGAUAACAUGUCUACAGCAUCUUUUGAGGAAAGGAUAGAGAUAUCCAAGCCCCAUGGCACUUCACCCCUGAGCCCAACAACUUCUAACGUUUGUCCCACUCCAAGAGAGUUUUCCAAAUCCAGAACUUGCCAUGUGUGUCACGAAACUUUCCAUAGUGCAUAUUUAAUGAGAAAGCACCUGAAUUCCAAACAUGAUCAGUUCCCUUACCAGUGCUGUGACUGUGGAGAAAAUUUCAAGAGGAAGUUUCAUUUGAAGGAACAUAAGAAAUUGUGCUUGGCGGCGAGCUCAACAACUUCCAACAUUCGUCCCACUCCAGAUCAGUCUUCCAAAGCCAGAACGUGCAGUUUGUGUAACAAGACUUUUGACAGUCCAUAUUUAAUGAGAAAGCACCUCAAAUCCCAACAUGAUCAACUCCCUUACCAGUGCCCUGGCUGUAGAGGAAAUUUCAAAAGGAAGUUUCAUUUGAAGGAGCAUAAAAAAAAGUGCUUGGUGGCGAAGAGUCUCCUCUCUUGCUCUCUGUGUGACAAACAUUUCAUUGAAGCAAGCGAUUUGACAAAACACAUGAGAUCUCACACGUAUCAGUGCACCAAGUGUUUGCAAAGCUUUGAACGUCAGGAGGACUUACAGAAACAUCUGCAGAAUGUGCUUGAGGAGUCAGCUCAACUAGAAGAGGACAACACGUCGAUGCCAUCUUUUGAGGAUGGGACAGAGAUAUCCCAGCCCAACGACACUUCCAAUGUCCUUCCCACUCGAAAGGAGUCUUCCAGAGCCAGAACAUGCCGUUUGUGUCACAAGACUUUCGACACUAUACAUUUAAUGAAAAAGCACCUGAAUUCCAAACAUGCUCAGCUCCCUUACCAGUGCCUCCAAUGUGGAGAAAACUUCAGGAAGAAGUUUAAUUUGAAAGAACAUCAGAAAGAGUGCCAUAAGCCCACUCCAACACAGUCGUCCAAAGCCAGAACAUGCCGUGUGUGUCACAAGACUUUCGUUAGUGUACAUUUAAUGAGAAAGCACCUCCAAUCCAAACAUGAUCUGCUCCCUUACCAGUGCAUCGGCUGUGGAGAACAUUUCUACAAAAAUUCUCACUUGCUGGAACAUGAAAAGGUGUGCUCGGCGGCAAAGAGGCUCCUCACUUGUUGCGAGUGUGGUAAGACUUUUAAGCUCUCUAAGCUUAAGGGGUGUAACCAGGUGAACCAACAGCAGGCUCCUAGGGAGGCUCACCAAGAUACCAGCACAAUUCUAAUAGUAGAAAAUGGGAUGGAGAUUCCCCAGUCCUUCAGCACUACACCCCAGAACCCAACAACCUCCAAUGCUCUCACAAUUCAAGGACAAUCCUCAAAAAUAGCCAACCAUUAUGAAACAUGUCUUUUGUGUAAUGAAACGUUUGAAAAUGGAGAGAAUCUGAGAAAGCAUAUGAAAUUUCAACAUGAUGUUCGUCCGUACCUGUGCCUUGAUUGCGGGGAGACAUUCCAAAGCAAAUCUGAACUACAGAAACAUUCUGGCAUUCAUUUGGGCUCCAGAAAGUGUCCUUUGUGCGUUAAAAAUACUUCUCAAUCAACGCCGCAGCAUGUUCAGAGACAACAGCAAGACUUGAGGGUGUCAAGUGAGGGAGUCAACCCAAACCAGCACCAAAGGGAUGUUGAUCCAGCAGAUGGCAGUAGCUAUCUGGCAUCAAGGGAACAUGAGACAGAGAUUCCCCAGCCUUCAACCUAUCUAUGUGAUACAUGUGGUAAAGACUUCCCAUCUCUGUGCCGAUUGAAAAGACAUUUGCAAGUACAUACAGGAGAGCAGCCUUUUCCUUGCACGGAUUGUGGCAAAUGUUUUACUUGCAAGGGUAGUCUGAAAAUCCAUCAACGCCUUCAUACAGGAGAGCGGCCAUUUGCGUGCACUUUAUGCCAACAACGCUUUAUCACAAAUAAACACCUAAAAAGACAUAUGUUUACUCACACAAGGGAGAAGCCUUUUCGGUGUUCAGCUUGUGGGAAAACGUUCAAAACGAAACAAGGUUGGAGCAGACAUCAGCAAUUUAGGCGUUGUUACCUAGGAAAACAUACUAGAGCAAGUUGGCUAGAAAAUCAGAAGGACUUACAAAAACAUCAGCAGAUUGGAUAUGAGGAGGCAGCUCAACCAGAAGAGGAUAACAUGUCUACAACAUCUUUUGAGAAUGAGACAUCCCAGCCCCAUGGCACUUUAGCCCAGAGCCCAGACACAUCUAAUGUUCGUCCUACUCCAAUACAAUCCUCCAAAGCCAGAACGUGCCACGUGUGUCAUGAAACCUUCCAUAGUGCAUAUUUAAUGAGAAAGCACCUGAAUUCCAAACAUGACCAGCUCCCUUACCAGUGCCUUGACUGUGGAGAAAAUUUCAAGAGGAAGUUUAAUUUGAGGGAACAUAAGGCAAAGUCCCAUUCUACGUCAAACUCCAAAGCCAGAACAUGCUGUUUGUGUAACAAGACUUUCAACAGUCCGUAUUUAAUGAGAAAGCACCUCAAAUCCCAACAUGAUCAACUCCCUUACCAGUGCCGCGAC